UUACUAUAUAAAACGGCAUGUUGCCUCGUGCCAGGAUCUACAGUUCUUUACGGACCUCUGCCGUGGUACAUCGUGUCCACCACUGUUCAAAGUUUCAUAGCUUAUAGUGUUACGGGAGUGUGUAGUAGUUGUUGGUUGGAAAAAUUAAGUGUCUGAAGGAAUAGCAGUACCAAAACGGCCAUUUGAAACAUUUAAAGAUGAGAAUUAUUAUUGAAGAGCAUCCAAACGUGUUGGACGUUUCGGAACUGUUACGCCCUGAACCAAAGUUUGUCGAUAAGGAAGUGUCCAAGUUCCGGGAUUACACGGUAGAUGAGAACGAUCCACUCAAGGAGCGUGUCCGGCGCACUUACAAGCUUAUGCAUACCCAUCAAACGGUUGACUUUGUGAAAGGUCGACAUGCCGAUUGGCUGAAAUUUGAUCACUUCAAAGCCACCAUCCGGCAAGCGCUGGAAAAGUUGAACGAUCUAGUCGAUGAGUCGGACCCGGAUCUGGAUUUGCCAAACAUCGUGCACGCCUUCCAGACGGCUGAACGGGCCCGUGAAGAGUUCCCGGAGUUGGACUGGCUACAUCUGACCGGGCUGAUACACGAUCUUGGCAAAGUGAUGGCAUUUUACGGUGAGCCACAGUGGGCCGUUGUAGGCGAUACGUUCCCAGUUGGAUGCGAAUGGGGUCCGAGUAUUGUGUAUCGCGAGGAUAGCUUCGUCGAUAAUCCGGAUGGUGAUAAUCCAAAGUACAACACUAAAAAUGGUAUGUAUCAGUCCAACUGUGGAUUGGAACAGUUGACCAUGUCCUGGGGUCAUGAUGAAUAUUUGUACCGGGUGCUGAAGCACAACGGUAGUACGCUUCCAGAGCAAGCAUUGCAUAUGAUCCGCUACCAUUCGUUCUAUCCUUGGCAUUCUGGUGGAGACUAUCAUCAUCUGACCAACGAGAAGGACGAACAAACCAAGCAAUGGGUUUUGAUGUUCAACCGGUAUGAUCUGUACACCAAAUCGACUACACUGCCGGAUAUCGACGCACUGUGGCCAUACUAUCAAGGCUUAAUCGACAAGUACUGUCCGGGAGAGUUGGCAUUUUAAUCGUGACAAAAAAGCCAAUUUAAUACCUUAUCUUUACAAUUAUUAACGAUAACCUACUCCAGAUAAACUGCUAGAAGAGAACAAAAAACAAAUAGGCAAUAGUUAACAAAGCAAUACGUUAUACUACGUUUAUCUUAACAGAAAAAGGAAAAAAAAUGCUUUAUAUGUUAAACAAAACUCAUCGUUUCCAAUCCAAUGCAAGACAACUGUGAUUAAUGUACAAUUAUUCAGUGCCGAGUGCUAAUGAUACCUAUUAAAUCUUUUGACUCAUCUACGCAGGAUUAGUUGUUAAAUGUUGUUGCCCUGGAACGUCCAAUCAUGCGUUGGGCAAAGAUCUUAAAAUUCCCUUUCCCUUAUUAUUUUAAUGUAGAGCAAUAAUGUUGAGUUGAAUAUAUAUUUGUUUAAUUAA